AUGGGAUUGUGCAGCAGCAAAAAACGCAUGACCACCGAGAUGUCGGAUGAGGAGGUUUCAGCGAUUCGCGAAGUAUGGAUUCGCGCAAAAACCGACAACGUUGGGAAGAAAAUUCUGCAGACGUUGAUUGAGAAACGUCCCAAGUUUGCCGAAUAUUUUGGAAUUCAGAGUGAGAGUCUGGACAUUCGUGCGUUGAAUCAAAGCAAGGAAUUUCAUUUGCAGGCUCAUCGAAUUCAAAACUUCCUCGACACUGCUGUCGGAUCUCUUGGCUUCUGCCCAAUUUCUAGUGUCUAUGACAUGGCGCACCGCAUCGGACAAAUCCAUUUCUACAGAGGAGUUAAUUUUGGUGCUGACAACUGGCUUGUGUUCAAGAAGGUUACUGUAGAUCAAGUGACCACCGGCGCGACGGACAGCUCUAAGGAGAAGGAUAAGGAUGAGACGAACAGCAAUGGAACUGCGAAUGGGAAGGUUGACACCGAGGCCAACCCGAUCCCGAUCGCUGACAUUAAUAAUGUGUACAGUGGAGAGAACUGCUUGGCUCGUUUGGGAUGGAACAAGUUGAUGACUGUCAUCGUUCGUGAAAUGAAGAGAGGAUUCUUGGAGGAAGCCAUGCGCAAUUGCAAAGAAGAAGACAACAAUGGACUCCUUGGUGCUUAA